GCCGGAGAAACCUGUGGACUGACCGUCGCACCUGUGCGCGUGCCCGAUCACCGCGAUCUCGGUCGAUUCUCACUCAUUCCUCAUCUGUUAUUAUCACUUAUAAUAUAAUACAUUCAUAGGGCUCUUCUGGAGUGUAAGUGUUGUGGUAAUGUCUGCUGUGUGUGUUCAGGAGAAACUGGUGGAACUGCAUUACUCACUCAUGAGAUGAUUCCAGAACAGUUCAGCUCAUAAACACACACACACACACACACUAAGAUGACGGAGGUGCUGAUCUUCAGUCCUGAGAUCAAACCUCUGAUGGCCGACCCGACCCGACCCGACGGAUCCGACAGCAGGACGGAGAGCGCAGGACAGCUGGAAGAACCGGACGCCUGGAUGGAGGCGGAGGAGAACGAUGCUGACGAUGAGGAGGAGGAGGAAGAUCAGCUGGUGCAAGCGUUCACACCCAACGUGAUGAUCCUGCAGUCGACGGGACGGGAACACACACAGAUCCCAGAGAUCCCGAUGCAGGAGAUCCCGAUGGAGAAGAUCCCGAUGGAUGAGCAGAACUUCACCCCCAGCGCUCCUCAGCACUUCCAGCCGGCCUGGAUCCACCAGAUCGACAAACCUGAAGACAGCAGUUGUGUGGAGGUUAUGCGGUUGUGUGUGUGUGUAACGGCUGCCGCGCUCAUGUUCCCGUUACUAACGUGGGCCGGUUACAAGCUCCUCCCCUUCGACGCCCCUGCGCUCGACAGCACCCCCCUCAGGCUGCUCUACACACUGCGCUGUGCGUUCUUCGCCAGCGCCCCCAUUGUGCUGGGUGUGCUGGUCCAGGGUGUGUCCCGGCUAAGGUUCGGGACGCUGAAGCCUCUGUUCGACGGGACGUGGGAGAAUCGCGAGGUCAAAGUUCACGGACUCUUCGUUCGAGACUCGCUCCACCUUUCCCUGCUCUUCUUCCUCCAGCUCGCUGUCAUGGCGACCUACGCCCGACCGGACCUGCUCAAACUGGUGCCGCUGCUCACCGUCGUCUUCGUGUUCGGCAGGAUGAUCUACUGGGUGUGUGUGGCGUUCGGCAGCAGUGUACGUGCGUUCGGACACGCGCUCUCCUUCCUGCCGCUGCUCGUCCUUCUGGGAGCAAACCUGUAUUUCAUUGGCUCUGUGGGCGGGCCGGAGGCGGUGUUUGACGUGGCUCCUCCCACCACGGCCCCGCCCCCGAGACUGCGAUGGUGGGGGUGAACCCAGAGUUCAGCAUUCAGAACAAUCCCUUUAAAUAAAGAUGAACGUGACUGGAGAACGACGACUGAUUGUCCGUCCUGAAUCCCUCGGCACACACUCGCUCCUGCACUGGGAACCGCUGAUGAAUGGCCAGAAACUCAAUGGUGUCAUGAAGAAACCGGUUUAACUGCUGAACCUGUGCUGUGCUCUUUCAGGAUCGAGUGAAGCUCACAAAGCCUGAAAUCUAAGAAGCACAAACACACCGUAACACAUCACACACAGCCUUUAUGAAGAAUGCACUAUACAGUGCUUUAAUGCACCUUACUGUAUGAUCUCAUUAAUAAUUGUGCUUUUGGAAAGUGACACUUGUUUUACGGCCGUUAUGAUGUCUCACAUUAUUUCAUUACCCUCCAAAUGUUUGUUAUUGUUUUAAAAAUAUCUUUCUAAUAACUAAUGUAAAAAUAAAUAACAGGGAUAUGCGUUUAAUAAUCAUGAAAAAUCUCCUAAAAGUUGUUAUUUGUAACCCGGAUAUGUUGGAUAAUAUUUGUGUAAUAUUUGAGAAAUGCAGUUGUUUAUGUCAUCCUGUGAUUAUAACUGUGGAUUUGUGCCAUAUUCCUCAUGUUUACUAAUGUUUGUCCUCAAAUGUUUAUGAAUAAAUGAUGCUCUAGAUGUG